AUAUAGCAUUGAAGGCGGAAAAAAAGUAAGAAAUUGUGAAGAAACAAGUUAAAAUAUUGUUACACAGCUCUACUUCUGGAAUUUUUGUUUAACCCAAACCUCUAUUACUUUCUUUAUCCAUCCAUUCAUUCAUUCAUUCCGCAGAAUAACACAAAAGUAAUACUAAUUUGUAACCUUGAACCUUUUUAUCGGUUUGCUUCUUCCUCUCCUUCUUCAAACAUUUGAUUAAAACCCUUCUUCAAUUCAUCGCUGCCGGAUUUGUGCACAAUUACCAUUUUAUAUACGAAAUGAAGCGAGGCUAUCAAGAAUCUUCAUCAUCGAGUUCUUAUGUACCCCCUCAGUCCAAAGUAAAGUAUAAUCCUGAAGGUGAUGUACAAUUUCUAGAGGAUGAGAAUACUAAGAUAUUUGCAAGGAAAGUGGCUGAUCAUUACAGUGCAAGGACGAAUCAGACGCUCGAAGAACGAGAAGCAAGCCCUAUAAUUCACCUGAAGAAACUCAAUAAUUGGAUAAAGAGUGUGUUGAUUCAGCUAUAUGCAAAAAAAGGAGAUGCAGUUCUUGAUUUGGCUUGUGGGAAGGGUGGUGACCUCAUCAAAUGGGACAAAGCAAAGAUUGGUUAUUAUGUCGGUAUUGAUAUAGCUGAUGGAUCGAUAGAGGACUGCCGCACGCGAUAUAAUGGUGAUGCAGAUCAUCACCAGCGUCGCAAAAAAUUCUCCUUUCCUGCCAGACUCAUAUGCGGAGAUUGCUUCGAGGCCCAGCUAGAUAAGGUUUUGGCGGAAGAUGCUCCAUUUGAUAUAUGUAGCUGCCAGUUUGCCAUGCAUUACUCAUGGUCUACAGAGGCGCGUGCCAGGCGGGCCUUAGCCAAUGUAUCAGCUUUACUUCGGCCAGGAGGCAUCUUCAUUGGAACAAUGCCAGAUGCCAAUGUCAUCGUAAAAAAACUUAGAGAAGCCGAGGGGCUACAAUUCGGCAAUAGUGUUUACUGGAUACGUUUCGAUAAAGAAUUUGACGACAAGAAAUUUAAGUCUUCAAGUCCCUUUGGCAUCAAGUACAAGUUCCAUCUAGAGGAUGCUGUUGAUUGUCCUGAGUGGAUCGUUCCUUUUCAUAUUUUUAAAGCACUGGCAGAAGAGUAUGGUUUGGAGUUGGUCUUUGUUAAAAAUUCACAUGUGUUUGUGGACGAGUACAUGAAGAAGCCUGAAUUUGUUGAGCUCAUGAGAAGACUUGGUGCUUUAGGUGAUGGCAAAGAUGACAAUAGUACGUUAUCACCGGACGAGUGGGAGGUGGCUUACUUAUAUUCGGCUUUUGUGUUGAGAAAGCGAGGGAAACCAGAUCAAGCCCCGGUGAGUAGUAGACGAGACAAGGGUAAGAUGAACCUUUCAAAAGAGGAUAUCAUCUUCAUCAACGACCAACCUUAAUCCACUUCUAAUGAUGCACAAGAGGCAUGCCAAAAUUCCCCAUACGAUGUUGCUGCUGUUUUGCACUCAAAUUCUAUUCUAUGCAGCUUUACUUAUUAGACCAUAAAGGGGUGACUGAUUUUUCAUGGAACUAGUCACCGUGUAACCAUUUCUUAUAUAUAAUCAAAUUACAGUAAAUAAGAUGGACUAUCCACCACCUACUUUUUUAGCUUCAGCUGUUAACUGUGUAUUUUUUUGUCGUAAAUUUAUCAUGUAAAAAUAAGAAAUAACAAAAAUUCUCUCA